AUGCAAACAAACAUCCUGGAAAUGUUGUCAGGGAAGCAAACCGAGCAAAACCGAGCACAGCGCCUAUCCAAGGAAGAAGUUGCUGCUGAAAAGGCCCAGAAGCAAGCUGAGAAGGAUGCACAUGCUGCAGCGAUAAAUGAAUCACAUAUGACAAUUGCUGCAGCUGAGGAUGCAAUGGCCAUCCAGCAGAAGACCGUGACAAACAGUCCCCCCAAGCUCAUUCAGCCACACAUCAUCACCAGCAAGAAGAGUACACCUGUAGUUCAUCCUUCUCAAUCAACUACAGCUCCUCAAGACAAUCAGACCAGUCAACUGGUAAAGAAGAAACAUGCCGGGUUGAAAUUGAACUUUUGGGACAGUGUUGAUGCCAACCGCAAAGUGUCCAACAGUGGAGUCACGAUUCUGACUAGUGACAGUGACACACAUGUUGGAAGUACAAUUGGCGAUGGGAAAAUCAAAACAUCCUCCAAUCUCCAGCAAGUCAUCAGUUCUGACCUAGAAGGGCCCAUUCCUGACUGGGCAGACAAAGUCGCAUCACAGACUCAAUGGAAGCCAUGUGCGCCACCAAGUACCCAAGCCUCUGUGAGGAUCACCCAACGUCAACUUGCUGAUUCUGACCUGGAUCUUGAUGAUGAACCUGAAGAGUACAGUGAGCCAACACCGACAAUGCAGAGGGAAAAGAAAAUUGUGCAUGUGAAAGAGAAACUAAAACUUACAUCGAGAGACAAGAAGCGCUUGUUCCAAAAUGCAGAGCAUUCUGCUGAAGAACUCGAUGCUGCCGACGAAUUCAAUGCUGCUGAAGAAUUUGAGAUGAUGCAGGAUCCAGAUGCUGCCAAGGACCCAGACACUGCCGAGGACCCAAACACUGCUGAAGCAUUCGAGGAUGAGGAGGCUGCCAAAGAUGAGAGCUAUGUAGUUUCGAUGACGGAUGACAGUCGAUGCACCAUGUCAGUUAACAUCUCUAACCAGAAGACAAUGAGACAGCAUACCAAGGGCAAGGGCAAUACCAAGGUCGAGGCCCGGGUCAAGACUGAGGUCAAAGCCCCAAUAAACAUAUGCUCAAAAAUCAAGAAAGGAAAGGCCAAGAAUUCAAACUUAUCUUCCGGAUGCCUUGAAAAUGGAUUAUGGCGUACAAAGUUUCUUCCAUGCCUGAUGUUCUGGGUUGGCAACAGCGACUAUGGAUGGUCCAUACCGGAGAAUGAACUUGAGUACGUUCUCGAGAACAUAUUUAAUGCGGUAUAUGAUUCGCGUAAACGAGCACCUUGCAACCAACACAUUCACGAGUGGCAGGUUGCAUUCGGUUCAACAGCUGUCAGUGUUCUGAUGGCAUUCUUUGCUUCAAUGCCAGAAUAUGAGACUCAGGAAGCUUGUGAGGAAUAUGCUGAGUAUCAGCUUCAAGACUGUCACUUCGUGUAUGACGAUCCUGAUAAUGACAAGCAGCCAGGCGCAUCUCUGUCCAAGUACCUCUUGUGCAUUUUUGCUGCCCACCUCACUGCAAUCUCUGGCAAAGUGAGGGUGGAUGCACUCGUUGAAUUUGGCAAGCCUGGUUAUCUUACUGCACUCGCGCUAUCGGCUGUGUCAGCUGAACGUGCUCUCAUCUUGGUUCAAAAUCGCUUAUUAGUCGACACUGAUCCCUCUGGCAACAGUGUGUUUUCAUCUGGAAACUGGGAGACGGAUACCAUGGCGUACAUGGAGAGCAUCAAGGAUCUACCUCAUGAACGUAUCCAAGAAAUCCUUACUCGAGCAGAAGGUUACAUGAAGCAUGCACUAGCGACACAGGUGAUGAACCUUCUGGUUCCAAUGGCUCAAUUGCUCCAGUCAACAAAUGCUCCCGCCUUCAUAUCUGUAAUGUUCAUUUUUCCUCUUUUUUUCAACCACUAA